GCGUGGGGGCCGGAAGGCAACGCGGCCCGGGAGCGAGAGAGGGCCGGGCCUCGGCGGCGCCGCCGCCGCUGCGGGUCACCCAGCCUUCCGCAGUGGGGGUGGGCGGCGGAGCGCGCAGGCCGGGGGAAGGGCCAGGCCCCGCCGUCUCUCUGGGCGAUGGAGUGAGGCUGCGAGGCUCAGCAGCGGGAAGAUGGCCGGUGGCGGCGGCGGCUGCAGAGACAGCUUGUUUCUGGAAGCUUUGGAUAGAUCACAGUCCAGGAGAGAUGGAGGUUUUAAAAGCAAUUGGAGCUUUGACCCUGCAGAAGAAAGUGAAGGAGAUGCAGAGAAAGACGAGGCAAACCUGCUCAGCGUAGAUGACAGCGAUGGGCCUUUCAGUCCUAGUGAAGAGAGAAAGUCAGUUCGUUGGCGGCCCGGAGCUGUCGGCACCAGCGGUGACUCCAUAAAGUCAUACUCGAGGCGAGGCAAAACUGGCAGCUUGAGACUUUUUAAAGGCAAUGCAAUUGGCCUCAACAUGAUGGGGAACAGCAAGAAACUGAGUGAAAACACUCAGAACAUGUCUUGCCCUGUGACUGUGGUCCACGGGAGGCGUUUUCACCACGCGCACGCACAGACAGCAGUAGUAAAAACAGCAGCCCAAAGCAAUCUGGACCGAAAGGAAAGAAAAGAAUAUCCCCCUCAACUGCAGAAAGUAGAAGCAGACCACAUUAGGUUGCCACGGUCUCAUGGAGUGGACAGCAUAAUGGAUAACACAGAAGAGUCAGAAUCCGAAUCGGAAUCUGAGAUCAAGAGGAAGGUGCAGCAGAAGCGGCACUGCAACUCCUAUCAGUCUGACCUGCCUGCCGCUCCCAAGAAAUGCUUAACGCCGCAGCUCAAGCUCUUGGAACAAAUUGAUUAUUCUCCUGAGUGCCCGACCUGCGGGCGGGCGAGCGAGAACCAGACCAAAUGCCGGCAUUGUGAAAGCGUUUCUCUGAAGGAUUUGCAAAGGGUCUCCAGACAAACUAUGACCCUAAGUGAAUCUGUGGGACCUCUGUCACGUUCUUCGAUCCAUCAGAACUCCACAGGGCUCAAAUCUUCAGGGACAGGCUUCAACACCAAGAAGUUUUACGGUUCUGCUGUCGGGAAAGGCCCCGCAGAGGUUCUGCUGAGCAGCGAAGCGGUGGGGCAUUCGAUGCUGCGACCCAACGGAAAGGUCGGUCUCAUCACUGGGACAAAAAGCCCUAAAAUGACAGGAAGCUUAAGGCAGAGGAGCACAAGGCCAUCUGAACUGAAUGAUCCCAUUGUUUUGUCUAGUGAUGAUGAUGAGGAGGAGGAUAGUGGCAGCACUAGGAGAAUGGAAAGCAUUUCACCUCGUCCUGCGGAUUCAGCCCGCUCCUCCCCAGCUCCUUCUACGGGAAAGGUGGAAGCAGCAUUAAAGGAAAACAGUUGUGGAAUAGAGAGAAUAGGUAGCAUAACAACAGAUACAGAAAUUGCAGUCACACUACCAAGGAAAGCAAGAAUGAAGGAUCAGUUUGGCAACAUUGUGGCUAACACUCCCAUCAAGCGGCGCAAGGUGGUGGCUCCCGAGAUCCUCCCCGAGGCUGUGCCUCUCAGCUACCCCAACCCCUGCGAGAGCGUCAUCCUCAACUGCCGCAGCAUCCGCAUAGGCACGCUGCGCAGGAUGGUGGUGGAGCCUGUCAUCUUCUGCCUGGAUUAUAUCAAAAUACGCCUGGACAGUCAGGAGGAGUCAGAAAGCGACGUUCGGGAGAUCAACCUGAAAACCUCGGAGCUCACCAAGUGUGAGUGGUGCAGCGUCAGGAAGCUGCCGGUGGUUUUCCUGCAGACAGUCCCAGCCACCUGCAGCAGCCUGAGGGAGCAGCUGAAAAUGAGCAAAGAUAACGUCUGGUACGAAUGUAAAGGAGACAGUCAAGAGGAGCAGUACAUCAUUUUGAUUUUUGAGACUGGUCUGGAUCCUGCUGCAAACUCAAUAUUUGAAAAGAUAAUUACAGACAUUGGCAUAAGGAAUAACAUUUCUGACUUCUUUGUGAAGAUUCCCUUUGAUGAAGCCAACGGCAGGCUGGUUGCCUUCACCAAGUGCGUGGAAGACAGUUCCAAAGGAAGUCCUUCACCCAGAGAAAGCAAAAUCAAAAAUGUUCCUCCUGAGCCCAAGAUACAGCAGCGGAGUAAACAGCUCCCUUAUUUCGAUGAUGAUGAAGAAAUUGGAGAGCCACACACAGUAUUUAUUGGGCCCAUAGAAAAGUUGAUAGUUUAUCCGCCUCCUCCGGCCAAGGGCGGGAUUUCUGUGACCAACGAGGACCUCCAUUGUCUCAAUGAAGGAGAAUUUUUAAAUGAUGUUAUUAUUGAUUUUUAUUUAAAGUAUUUGGUACUUGAAAAGCUGAAAAAGGAAGAUGCUGACAGAAUCCAUGUGUUCAGUUCAUUCUUCUACAAACGCCUUAAUCAAAGAGAGAGGAGAAAUAUACAUGAAACUUCAAACCUGUCGAUCCAGCAGCGCCGGCACGGGCGAGUGAAGACCUGGACGCGGCACGUCGACAUCUUCGAGAAGGAUUUCAUCUUCGUUCCCCUUAACGAGGCUGCCCAUUGGUUUUUGGCUGUCAUUUGUUUUCCUGGCUUGGAAAAACCCAGAUAUGAACCAAAUCCCCACUACCAUGAAAAUGCUACAACACAGAUGAAAUCUUCCUCUUCAGAUGGAGAGAGCAGCACACCAUCUCCUUUGCCAAGCGAGCUGGAUGCACAGAGCUCACCUUCCAAGUCCACGGUGAAGAAGACGUUGACCAAAAAGUACAACACAGCUUUAAUUGACCCAAACACUGAAACAGAGGACAGUGAGCCCUCAUAUUGUAGGAGAAGCCCUUGUAGGGUAAAAAGUACUUUCAAAAAACUGAGUCAAAUAGACAGUGAUGUGGAAGAACCUAACACUGUGGAAUCAGCAUACCAUAAACUUGACCAUAGGACUCCAGAUGAAAACGGUGUACAGGGUGAAUUCACAACUGCUAGCCAGUCCAUGGAUGGAUUGCACAAAAUCAGGCUAAACUAUAGUGAAGAUUCAGCUGAUGGCAGUAAACUAAAUGAAGAUGAGCUUAUAGAUUUUUCUGAAGACCAAGACAACCAGGAAGACAGUAGUGAUGAUGGUGGCCUUGUAGAUGACAACUGCAACUCAGACAUGGGACAAUGGCACCUGAAGCCUACUGUCUGCAAACAGCCCUGCAUUUUGCUUAUGGACUCGCUGAGAGGCCCUUCCCGGUCCAAUGUUGUGAAAACACUAAGGGAAUACCUGGAAGUGGAAUGGGAAGUCAGGAAAGGCAACAAAAGAAGCUUUUCCAAAGAUGUCAUGAAAGGAUCCAACCCCAAAGUGCCACAGCAGAACAAUUUCAGUGACUGUGGAGUGUACAUACUGCAGUAUGUGGAGAGCUUUUUUGAGAACCCCAUCCUGAGUUUUGAGCUCCCCAUGAACUUAACAGACUGGUUCCCACGCCCCAGAAUGAAAACCAAACGGGAAGAGAUACGGAAAAUCAUCCUGAAGCUGCAGGAGCAGCAGACCAAGGACAAGAAGGGACAGAAGGACCCCAGCUCAAUGGAAAGAUCUUUGCAGGAAAAAACAGAUCAACUUACCAACAGCAGCUCAGACUGAACGUUGUAUCUGUUGCAUGUCAAGCUCCACAAUCCAAACAGAACUCUCCUCCUCUUUCUUUGGGUUUCUCUUUUGGUUUGGUUUGCUCUGCCCACAGGGAACGACUCGGCGUACUUGGGAACGUUUCGUGCCUGUGUAAAUGUGUGUCAUAAGAAGAAGAAGAAUGGAUUUAAUUCCCACAGAGCUGUGUAUGAAGUAAGCAAAAGUCUGUACAUAUGUUAAUGAGGCCCAACUUUUGUCAGCCUUUGUAAUUACUUUUUCUUUCCACUGGUUAGGGAGAGCCUUUGUUAUGUAUUUCUGUUAAUAGACCUCGAAUAGCGACUCCGAAACACAAAGCCAAUAAAGACAAAAUAUUUAUAGGAUGACAUGGUUAACUUUUUCUUUCCCCAGUGACAAGGUGUGCUGUUACAGGCUGAAGCAACACCUAGGGAGCGAUUUGGUAGCGAGAGGAUUCCUGUUCUUGUCCCUGUUUUAGUUGCCCUUUGCCAGGACUGUUCUGCUUGCGCUACAAACAGUACUGUGGGUGUCUCGAUGUUACCGUGGCCUCAGAGGGUGGUUGCCACCCUCCCAGUAUCUAAGUGUAGGCAGUGUAAUAGUUACUAGGACUGCUUCAGAUUUGGGGGUUUUAAAAGAUGAAUGCCUUGCCAUUAAAAUCUCCACCCUUGCUUUAGUGGGAGAGGAGGG